UACCUGUUUUGGGUCUUUUUGGACUUGGCUAGUGGUUAGGAAAAGUAUGAGUAUUGGGUUCUUUUGAUCAAGGUCACUUGGAUAGUACACGGGGGGAGAGAGGCAGUCAUUUGGUCCCCCGCCUCAGGAAUCAGCCCACUGCUCGCAUCCAAAUAUCGGAAGAACUGUCACUCCCUCGACGAAGUGUCAUCUAUCUGCGUGGACACCUCCACGUCCCGCUUAGAAGUACUUUUUCUCUCUCCUCUUUUAUAAACGUGGUUAGGUAGCCUGCCAGGGCUUUUAUGCUCUAGCAGCGCUGAUGUAUGUCUGCGACGCUGGCGGAUCCAUACCGUGACUAUGUUGAUUACGCUCAUCAUGCCAGCUGCAAGCCCGAGGAACAUACAAGUACGCUUGUUUACCAAACACAUCAGCCACAACUUCAGCAUCCAAAAGAUCAUUCCUUCCCGCAAGGAAGUUCGCGCAGCACGGUAUUUGAGCACCAUCAUGCAAGCGCGACCGUUCUCCCAGCCGCGAACCACCAAUCAACAGUCCAUGGUAUCUCCCAACCAGUUGUCCUCACCCCGGCCCAGAUGCUUUCACGACAGCUUCCAGUACAAUAUACGCCGAACAACUUCGAAAUCCCGUCCAUACAGCGUGGUAAGAAGCGGCACCAUUCCGAAACUGAGGGAGAAGGUGAUGACGCAAAUCAUCCGAUCAGGCCACAGUUAUCCAUCCUACCUUCAGAAUCAUCGACUGAGCCAACACACCACUCACCUGAGAUGCUCUUCUCGGUUCAUGGAGACUCGACGCAGCAUCAUCAGAUGCAAAGCCACGACCUUGGACCACAGGAUUCCGUGGCCCUCCCUCAACAUCAUCACCACCAUCGGCUGCCCCCACACGCAUCGCUGCGCGACUCCCAGCGCCAUGGUAUGAAUGUGGAGUCAUCUCCGUUCCCCUCUGGGCCGCCAAGCGUCGUGGGACAGCCUGGGAUGCCUGAACCAGCACCUAGGCCUCGGGGACCCAAGCUCAAGUUUACUCCAGAAGAGGACGCGUUGCUAGUAGAACUGAAAGAGAACAAAAACUUAACAUGGAAACAAAUCGCCGAUUUCUUCCCGGGUAGAACAAGUGGAACAUUGCAAGUUCGAUACUGCACCAAGUUGAAGGCUAAAGACGUGGCAUGGAGCGAUGAAAUGGUCCAGCGGCUGCAGCGUGCAAUUCAAGAGUAUGAGAAUGACCGUUGGCGUAUUAUUGCGGGGAAAGUCGGCAACGGCUUUACACCAGCAGCUUGUCGAGAACGGGCUUCUCAGCUUGAAUGAGCUCCCUGCUGGUUACGAGAGAAUAUGGUCCAUUAGCGCCGGCGUACGCUCUUCUAAUAUCUCUUUUAUUACGUCUUGUUCAUUACCCCUUUGUUUAUUUUUUUCUUUGUAGGCUGUAAUGGGAAUUUGAUGGCCAUGGUUUAGGUCUAUACCGGACAGAUCGGUGCAAGGUAGAGGAUAAUGUAUGUAUCAUAUCCA